UACGCCAAACCGGAAGUGUGUAAACCGGGCUGGGGAAUCAACUGACGUACACUUCGAGGGUAGAGGACAACAUACCAUGGAAUUGUGUGAACGAUUUCUCGGUUUAGUUUCUAACAUGUAUUUCGACUAACUUGUCUGUUUUAAACUUGAUGUUUUAAGACGUACGUGUAGCGUUAGGCGCUUGUAUAUUGGUCGUGGCAGUUUCAAUCCCCAAGAGAGAGAGAGAGAGAGAGACAGAGAGACAGAGAGAAAGAAGGAGAAGCAGAAGCUUUCGUCAUCACUACAAACCUGCUGUAUAGGUUCAAGUCGUCAAUCAGUUCAAAAGAAUAUUAACCGGAGUGUCCAGAUUUUGACAUAUAUGUACCAUGAGGCUUGCAGUGGCCCUCCGUGCGGUUGGUUUGGUUCUGCUUUUGGGCUGCACUUGGCUUCUAGCCAAUUCUAUGCUCGGAGGGGAUAGUAACUCCUUAAUAGGGGGUCUCAUUAAUGGUAGACAAGAAGAGCCUACUCCAGAACCAAGACUACGCAAGUACAAGUGUGGCCUGUCUGCGGCAUGUCCCCCCAAACAUCUCGCAUUCAGACUGAUCUCAGGGGCUGCCAAUGUCAUCGGCCCCAAAAUCUGUGUGGAAGAUAAAGUUCUUGUCAGCAGUGCCAAAAACAAUGUUGGCAGAGGUCUCAAUAUUGUUUUAGUAAAUGGGGUUACUGGAGAAGUUUUGGAAAUAAGUGCAUUUGAUAUGUGGGCAGGAGAUGUUUCAGAUCUCCUGAAGUAUCUUCGCCCAAUCCAUGAAGGAACACUAGUAUUCGUGGCCUCAUUUGAUGACCCAGCCAGCAAGCUGAAUGAAGAAGCCCGCCGGCUGUUUGAGGAGUUGGGGAGCACAGCAGCAAAGGAACUAAGUUUCAGGGACAGCUGGGUGUUUGUCGGAGCCAAAGGAAUAGAAAACAAGAGCCCAUUUGAACAGCGAAUGAAGAACAGUAAAAGCAGUAAUAAAUAUGAGGGCUGGCCUGAAUCUCUGGAGAUGGAUGGAUGUGUUCCCUUGCGUGCUCCUUUGGAAACUUAAGUUCCUGCCGCGACUUUGAACUGUAAUACCUCAAUCACAGUGAACGAAGAGCUCUUCGUACAAAUUGAUUUUGUUUUAAGUGAAAGCUCAUAAAUUACUCAGCUACCUAAAUGUUUUGUUGAUGAAGAGGGCCAGGGUGGAUAUUUUUUACUUAAGGUUUAUAUACAGCUGGUUGCAGCAUUGCUGAAGCGUUAUUAUUUUAAAGGCAAGGGAAGGAACGGAAACACAAAUAAAACUAUAUUAUAAAUUAAUUGAAUAAUAAUUUUUUGUUUUUUCACAAAAAGUAUUGUCGCAUUACAUAUUUUAAACAAUAUUUAAAAAGUUUGCUAUAUUUAUACAAUUAAAAAAUGUGUCAUGGCACAACUGGGUGUCUACCCAGCUGUUUGUAAAGGCUAAUGGACCAACAAACAUUCAAUUCUGAUUGUUGGGUUUUGUUCGAUCAGUUUGAUCCUUCUUGGUGGGUUGCAAGAGCAGAAUUGGAGUGCACACGUUUCACAACACUCGUUGUAUCCAUCCAGCCUGUUGAUGUUUCUUGGUGUUGCAGGAUCAAAUUAAAAUGCAUUUACUUCUAGAGACAGAUGACUACAUUGGAGAAUGUGAGUGAUUGUUGUUAUCAAUGUUUUAAGCUAUGCUGUCAUGUCAUUAAACCCCUUAAUUUUUACUCUGGAAUGUAACACA